AUGUCCACGUGGAAAGCAAGGCUCACCAAAAGACUGAAAUCUCCAUCUAGAAGGAUGCAUCCAUUUCCAUGCUCAGCUCUGCUUGCUUGUUUUGGGAAUACAAGGGAGAAUGCUCCCUUUGAUCAGCCCAGUGCAGCUGAUACUCAUUCCACCAUCUAUGUUCAGCCCACGGCCAAAGCAGACCAGCACCUGAGUCACUCGAGAGGGGAAGAAGGAAUUCCAGAGAAAAGACGAGAUUCCAGCACCCAUUCAGAGAGAAAUGGCAGUGCAAAUCUGAAUUCAAGUAACCACAGUGCCAACCAGCCUGCUGAGACCCCUGAGGGUUCACCUGGGUCCUUAGACGGUAAAUUGGACUCUGAAGCAGUUACUUUCCAGACUUCUAUCCCCAGACCAUCAAUUAUUGAAACGCCAACGGAAGCAGAGGAAUCCCAGGAAGAACCUAAAUGUCUCGAGGUGGAACAGAAGAUGGCAUCAGACGGCCCAUCUGAGGACCCUGACCUCAAGGACGCCUGUCUCAUUCCCAAAAGCAUCAUGGCUGAGCCAGACUACAUGGAAGAUGACAAUCCGGAACUAAUUCGGCCUCAGAAGCUAGUCAAUCCUGUCAAAACGUCCCGCAACCAUCAGGAUCUUCACAGGGAACUUCUCAUGAAUCAGAAAAGGGGUCUUGCCCCUCAGAAUAAGCCAGAACUGCAAAAAGUGAUGGAAAGGAGAAAACGAGAUCAAGUAAUAAAGCAGAAAGAAGAAGAAGCACAAAAGAAGAAAUCCGACUUGGAAAUAGAACUAUUAAAACGGCAGCAGAAGCUGGAGCAGCAUGAACUUGAGAAGCAGAAAUUGCAAGAAGAACAAGAAAACACCCCAGAGUUUGUGAAGGUUAAAGGCAAUCUCAGGAGAACAGGCCAAGAAGUGGCCCAAGCGCAGGAGUCGUAGGCCCGGGCCACAGAGACCGCGCGCCCAGCCCGCCGCCGCCCGAGGAGGCCGUGUGUCCGCGCCUCCGCAGCACUUAGUCUCUGGGCAGAAGCCCCUGGAGACACCCCCAGCCAGCAGAGAAUUGUUACUUUAAAAAGGAUUUGGGUUUGGUUUUCCUACAAUCUGGGUGGAUAAAUGACCUGUGACUGUUAAUUUCUAUUCGCCAAAUGGAAGACGUUGACCAGCACUUAAGUUGAGAUAAGUGAACCUGUGUUCAAAGACUUAAAAAGCAAAAAAACCACAACAGCAAAAAAGAAAGAGGACACUGGAAUAAAUUCUUAAGAAUUGCACUACUUGGUUUUUCUUCCAGUCCAUGUUUAGUGGGGCACAGCGCCUUUUUCCUUGUCAAAUCUUUAAAAAAAUGUGUUUUGUUUCUUCCUCGAGGUAUCUGCUGGAUAAUUUAGAUCACAUAGAAAGGCAUUGAUCUGUUACAUGUAAUAUUUGUAAAUUCUCUGUUGAGAAUCCAGAAUUGUCUUGUGUGGUCCUGCCGUCACCCAUGUUCGGUUGACGCCUGAGAAUGUUGAUGUUAAUGUUGAGCACAGCUGUUACCUUUGUUGGCAUCAAGAUUCAGAAGUCGGGUGAGGAGGUUUAAAAACAUGGGAACAAAAAUACCUUAAAGUACAGAAGCUUUUUUAAAUGUAAAACAUACAGAAACAAAAACACCUAAAAGUCCAUCUUGAUAUUAUUUUGAUUGCUCUUGGUUCUCUGGUACUAGAAUGCUCCAUAGUGACACUCCAGAGAAGGCACAUCGUAUAAAUCCACUUCUUGCUUUGAUAACUAUUAGAAUUUUGUUUUGUUUUGUUUUUGAAUCCUCCUCUUAUAUAAAACAUCUCCCAAUCCUUUGGAGUGUAAGAACUAGUCCAUAGAACCCAACUUCAGUGUCAAAAGUAGAGGGUCCAAAACUUUGAGAACAGUGUGGGGGAAGCCCCCAUUGGGAGCCAGGCAAGGAGGACUUGUCCUACAUCGGUCUCCUGGAGGCCUAGGUGGAAGGUUGAUAGUGUUUGUACAGUUUGAGUAUCCUUAGAAUCCAAGUUUUGGAAAUUUCGGAUUAAGGAUCAUAUAAUGCUUUGCCUUUUUUUUUUCCUUGUGAAGAAAGACUGUUUCGCCACUCUGUCAGCGGUGGGGACUACUGUACGCAUCUCAGGAGAUGCUGAGGUGAAGUGAGGGGCCGCCCGGCUUCCGCACGCUAGCUGCUUUGCUAUCCGAAGGGAGUCGUAGGCGGAUGACAGCGAGAUCCUUAAGCAAAAUGCAUUUAAUUACCGCUGGUACAUUUUACUUGGGGUGAUCUAGAAGAAUUCAUGUGGAUUCAGUAUGUUCUCCAUCCAGACGAUUCAGCCAGUAGUUUCUCCCUUGAAGACUCUUCUUAUACCUUUAAAGGCUCAUAGAAACCUGGAUCCAUAGCUUUUAAUCCUAAUAAGCAUAGUAGAAAUCAGCUUUCUGUGGGAAUGCUCUCGUUUCCAUAGUUGACAGGCUUCGUAUUUGGUCCUCAUGUGAACGAGAUAAAGGUAAACGCAAGGUCAGUGCAUACCACCAGCUAGAGAACAUGCCGGUCACACCCGAAGUGGAUGAUUUCUCACCAUUGAGUAUUAUUUGAAUAAAACCUGAAACGCGGAAGAUAAAAUGUUGCUCUGUAAUAGUUGGCUUUUGAAGGAUGGCAUGGUAACUCUUUUUUUUCUGUUUCCAUCCUUCUUCCUUUUGAGAGAAGAAAGUAUGUUCCCUGAUCAUCUUGAAAGCACGUUUCUGAUCGCGUACUGACUGGAGUGCUUUCUUUGUGUUUAUGGACUAAUGAAGAGAUCUGAAUGUGAAGAUUCAGGACUAGCUCGUAGCCUUUUACCUAAUUGGAUGUUGGAUCUUAAGUCCUGCGUCUUUGAAGCAGUUCUGCCACUCGAUAGAAUUCUCAAGGGUCCCCGACAGGCUCCUUUAGAAGGACCGAUUCUGUCCCUAGAACUUACCGGAACCCACUCUUCACUGGGAAGAAAAAUGACAAAAGCACCUCCCUCCCAGUCUCACUCAGUGGUCUGCACACUUACGUGUAACAAGUAUCACAAGGUGUGGCCAGAAGGCUUGUAAAUAGCAUGACGUGAUGUCUCAGGACCACACAGUGGGAUGUCCAGGUCGAGAAGCUCUCUGAAGCCAUCACAUCAGCUCGGCUCACUAGCCAGAGGGUAAAAGGGCGCCAGUCUCCCCUCUACGUGUUAAUACCAUGCAGUCCAAACCCCUAGGACUCCUGAACAUCCCGGCAAUUUUAUGCUUUGAGCCGCUUUUUGACACAAAUGGCUCCAUUUUUCCACUCGGUGGUUUUCUUAAAAUAGUUCGGUGUUUUAUAGUCUCUGGUAAUAAAGUAGUGUUGCUUUCUAAGCUGCAACAGUUGACUUUAUUCUUCUACUCUGAAAAAUCUUGACUUGUUUGAGUGUAUAUAAUAUAUAUAAAGGGAGCCUUAAUGGAUUUGUUUUCAUAAUUUAAUAUUUUUUGUAUUUGCUCUUGUACAAUUGUUUUUAAUGGAAAGUAUUACAGAACUGAGGGUGGAAUUCUUAGAACCAAAGUUAUUCUUAAUAAAAAUCACCACGCGCUUGGACCACG